AUGAAUACAUCUAGAAUACCCUCUCCCGCUCGCUCACUAGGUGUAAUAUCAACACCUCGGAAACACACGCCACGUCGUAGCCGCAGCGUGUGUUCAGCCAAAUCAAAUGUGUCAGUUCGUCUAACCAAAGUGAUAUCUGAUUCAUUUCAAAUAUCACCAAUAUCAAACAGACGAUCUGUGUUAAAUGACGAUACAGACAUUGAAAUCCCAGGACGUAAAAGUUGGUGGAAGAAAUUGGGUGAGAAUUCUAGAGACAUGAUGGAUUUAUUGGAUAAUAAGGACAUAGCUGAGGUCAAUAAUGUAGCUGAGGAAUUUGAUGUGGAAAUUUUAAGCCAAGAAAAAAAGAACUACAGCUUAGAUUUACCAGAGAGUAGUGACGGAGAAUCAAUUAACAGUAUAGUGAUACCUCAAAGAAAGCUUUUCACACAGAAAGAGAAUCAAGUUCAAAAGAAAUUCGAACAUAUUAUUGACAAUAGAGAAACAUUAGCCAAACUGCAGAAGAGUCACUUUGAUCAAGAGAAAGAUAUUGAUGUUGGCCCAAAAAACCUAUUUAAUAAAGCUUCAAAACCAAGAACAAAACCUGCCUUUCCUGCUGCCUUAUUAAAUGUAUCUUCGAAAGCAGUUAAUAAGACGAAAGAAAUGCCAGCGCCGGAGGUUGAAGGACAAGUUCGUAAUCUUUUCGGUAAUCGACCAGGGAUGAAACGUAAAAAUUUGUUUGCUGACUUCAUUGUAUCUGAAAGUGAAGACGAAAUACCGGACAUACAACCAAAAGUGUUUGGAUUUCAAAAGAACGCACAAAAGCGUUGUGAAAAUUCAGCCUCGCGGGGUGUAGGUCAUUCUCCUACAUCUAGUAUUGAUUUAGAAUUAGAUGACUGGAAACUCCUUCCGUCUUCAACAAUGGUUGAAAAUCAGUUUGAAGAAGCAACUACUCCAAUUAAACGAGCAAAAUUAAGCAAAUUGUCUGAGGCCAAAGAAUCAGAAACUAUGAAUACUAAUAGCACUGUAAAUAAAACUAGGCAGUCAAACAAAUCAGCUACUUCAAAGAAUAAAUCGAAAACUUCUAUGUCGAAACUAAAAGAUAAAAAAGAUGAAGAGUUGCUUUCUGCCUCAAAAACGAAAGAAGAUUUAUUAAAAAGUAAAAAUAAUCUAAGUUUAAAUACUUCAAGCAAUGUUAGGAUGACGAGAAAUAAAAGUAAAUCAAUAGAAAGUCCUCUCAAAGUAGAAGAACAUACAAAACUUCAUAAUAAGUCAAAAAAUAAAUCACAAUCUCAUUUAAUCACUCCAAUGGAGGUUCAAGAAGGAGAUAAAAAUACUGAAAAUAAUGAAAUUAUUAUGAAAACAGGCUUGAACCAACAAGAUUUUGAAAAACAAAAUAAAAAUGUAGCCGCAGCAGAUGCUCCUGAAGAAGAUGACGAGGAUUUUACUUUAGAGUAUGAUAAUGAUGAUGAACAAGUCAAUGAACCACUUGCUGCUGAUAAUAUUGAAAACAAAUCUAAUGAAAAUAUUAAUUUAAUUGAUGAAGAAAGAAACAAGACACAGUCUAAUAAAGAUAAAUUGGAUGAUGUACAUGUUGAAAAGCAAAAAGACGAUAAUAAACAACAAUACUUCAACACGAGCUUAAUUAAAAAUUUCAAUAAACAAAAUAAAAGUGCAGAUAAAGUGAAAGAAAUUAAUCGAUCUCAAAGUAAAGGAAAACAGAAGCAAAGUCUUUCUGAUUCCCAGAAGAACAACUCUCGUAAAUCUAAAAACGUUACCUUGGAUGAAGUUCAUCAAAAAACGAAAAAUGAGUCUCGAAUAGAAAAAGACAAAAUGGACACUGAAGAGAAAAAUGUUACUAAUGACAUUGAAAAUACAGAUGAAGGAGAAAAUAUAAAUGAAAGUACCCAACACAACGAAAGUACACAACGCAAUGAUAGUUCAAAAACAAACGAUGAAAUCGAUUCACAAAAUGAAACUGAUGAAACAGAUGAAGAAAAUGAACAGCAAAAUGAAAGUCAACAACUGGGUAAUGAAAAUGAAGAACAAAGAGAAAGUACUGAUUCGAAUGAUGAUAAUGAAAUACGAAAUAAAAGUAAAGAAUCGGAGGCUGAAAUCAAAGAACGAAAUGAAAGUACACAAUUAGACCAUGAGCGUGAACAACAAAAUGAGAGUAGUCAAUCGAACAAUGAUAUACAAAAUGAAAGCAUUCAGUCAGAUGUUGAAAAUGAAAUUGAACAAGAAAAUAAUCAUGAAGAUGUCGAUGAAACAAUUAUAGAAGCAGAGGAAGAGGAAACUGAAAAUGAACAGGAUGAAAGUGAAGAUGAACAAAAAACCGAAGAGCAGGUACAACAAGAUGAAAGUGAAGCUGAACAGGAAACUGAAGAACACAUACCACAAAAUGAAAGUGAAAAUAAUAAUUCUAAAAACCAAGAGCAAAGUGACAGUAAAUCUAAUCACAGUGAAACAGAGGAACAAGAAAAUGAAGCUAUGGAGAUUGAACACGAAGAAGAAUAUGAAAGCGAUCUUGAAGAACAAAAUGAAACUGAAAAUCAAGAAAGUGAAACUGAAAAUCAAGAAAGUGAAACUGAAAAUCAAGAAAGUGAAAAUUAUGAUUCAGAUGACAACUUACAAAAUGAAAGUAAUUUAUCUAAGAAUGAUGAGCAAGAGGAACAAGUUGAGUCAGAUCAAGUACAAAACGAAGACGUUCGCGAAGAAAAUGAAGUAAUUGAAACAUUUAAUCAUGAUGCUACACUACGAAAUAAAAAGAAAGAUCCAACAAUUGUUAAGUCACCAGAAGUAAUAUUGCACGAUAAGACAAACCAAAUGGAAUCCUUUACAACCGAAGGUCGUAACACAAGCAUUAGGAAAACAAAGAGCAUAAUUAAAAACCUAAAUAUAAAGCCAAGUCUCGCUCCAGUGAGAGAAAGUACAGGUUUUUCAGACGGUACAAGAGAUUCUAGUGCUGAAGGUUCCGGUUGGGAUUCACACAGAACAACUCGCAAAACAAUAAGAUUAACUCUAGGAAAAGAUUUCACGCCUCGAAAAUCUCUACGGGCUUUAGUGAUGGAAAAAUCGGCUAAACGGCAUACUAAUAUUAAUGAAGUUACAACAAAAGUGCCACAAGCUAAUUCGACAGAGCUACCUGCGUUUGAUUCGUAUGAAGAUGCGGCGGAAAUGAAUGAAAUGGUUGAAGAACCUUCAGACCAUGAGAUUUCUGCAAGGACGAGACAGACUACUUUAGAAAACUACUUGCAGAAGAUUAAACAGGAAAAUUUGGAGAAGAAACGUAAAAUGGAAGAAGAAAUCAGAGCUUCUCUGAAAGCGCCAACGAGAGAUAUUUUUAAUCCUUUCAAAGUUCCUUUGAAGCCUGUUAGACGUAUAAAGCCGGUACAAAAUAAACCAAGACCAAAACAGACAAAACCGUCGGCAAUCCCAUUAAAUAUGUUACCUCCAGAAGUAUUGGAAGACAUGAAAUAUAAGCCACCUAAGAGAUUCCAGCCAAGUAAUGCAUCAUGGAUCACGAAAAGAUUGUAUAAGUUCUUAGAAAACAAAUUGGAGCCCAAAUAUGACUACAAAGCUCGGAUACGAGCGGAACGACUAGUCGAGCUAUUGUACGGUUUUACUCGCGAAAUCAAACGAGGUCCCAGUGAUCAAGCCAUCGACACGCUCAAAAAGGAAAUGGCGAGACUAGAGAUUGUCAAGACACACUUUGAUUUCUACGAAUUCUUCCAUGAAUUCAUGCCGAGAGAAAUACGAGUUAAGGUUGUUCCCGACAUUGUAAACAAAAUAUCCUUACCAAGGGGCGGUGUCUUCUCUGAAAUUUUACAAUAACUUAUAACUAUAUUAAUGUUCUUAAUAAGUGUUAUUAUAGAAUAAACUUCCGGUUAAGUUUGUAAUUAAUUAUUGAUGAAUGACAAGUAAUUACAGAUAAUGAUUUCAAA